AUGUCCAAGACCUUUACAACAAGCGACGUUGCGUCGCAUAACAAGCCUGGAGACUUGUACAUCAUCGUCGACGGUGAUGUCUAUGACUUGACAAAGUUCCAAGAUGAUCACCCCGGCGGCAAAAAGAUCCUUCAGCGCGUUGCUGGUAAGGACGCCUCCAAGCAGUUCUGGAAAUACCACAACGAAGGCAUUCUCAAGAAGUACAAGAAGCAACUUCUAGUCGGUUCUCUCGACACCAAGCCUAAGGCUCCUGAGCCCAAACCCGAGGCCAACGCUGCACCUGUGCCUGCGGCUCCUACACCCAAGACUGUUAAGACUGUCGAGAAGGAGGUUGCCGCCAAGGAGGAAGAAGCCGAGGCUCUAGAGCCGUUCGGUGACCAGAUUCCCUUUGCCGACCCUGCUUGGUACCAAAGUUACCACUCACCCUACUUCAACGAAUCUCAUGCUGCUCUGCGCGCCGAGAUCCGCGAAUGGAUAGAGAACGAUAUUGAGCCUCAUGUCACUGACUGGGACGAGGCCAAGGAGGUUCCUGAGGAAAUUUACAAGGAGAUGGGUCGCCGUGGCUACCUUGCUGGUCUUCUCGGUGUCAAGUACCCAACCCAAUAUGCCCCCAAGGGUGGUGUCAAGUCCGUCCCUGCUGAGAAGUGGGAUCUUUUCCAUGAGAUGAUCAUUACCGAUGAGCUGUCACGCACCGGCUCCGGUGGCUUUGUCUGGAACAUUAUUGGCGGUUUCGGUAUUGGCUGCCCUCCUCUCAUCAAGUUCGGCAAGAAGGCGCUCAAAGACCGCAUUAUGCCUGGUAUCCUCAGUGGCGAGAAGCGAAUCUGCUUAGCUAUCACUGAACCCGAUGCUGGUAGCGAUGUUGCUAACCUGACAUGUGAGGCCAAGCUGAGUGAGGAUGGCAAGCACUAUAUCGUCAACGGUGAAAAGAAAUGGAUUACCAACGGUAUCUGGUCUGACUACUUCACCGUCGCUGUCCGAACGGGCGAGGCUGGAAUGAAUGGUGUGUCGCUGCUUCUUAUCGAGCGUAGUGAGGGAGUGUCAACCCGACGCAUGCCUUGCCAAGGCGUUCUUUCCUCCGGCACAACGUACAUCACCUUUGAAGAUGUCAAGGUUCCCGUCGAGAAUUUGCUCGGCAAGGAGAAUCAGGGUUUCAAGGUUAUUAUGACCAACUUCAACCAUGAGCGUAUGGGUAUCAUCAUCCAGUCUCUCCGAUUCUCCCGCGUCUGUUACGAGGAGUCUGUCAAGUACGGCAGCAAGCGACGCACUUUUGGCAAGAAACUCAUCGAUCACCCUGUCAUUCGUAUGAAGCUUGCCCACAUGGCCCGCCAAAUCGAAGCUUCAUACAACUGGCUCGAGAACCUUAUCUUUCAGUGUGAGCGUAUGGGAGAGACCGAGGCCAUGCUGCGACUCGGCGGUCCCAUCGCCGGCCUCAAGGCCCAGUCCACACUUACCUUCGAGUUCUGCGCUCGAGAGGCCAGUCAGAUCUUUGGAGGCCUGAGCUAUUCCCGCGGUGGACAGGGCGCCAAGGUCGAGCGACUCUACCGUGAUGUGAGAGCGUACGCUAUCCCUGGUGGCAGCGAAGAGAUUAUGCUUGAUCUCAGUAUGCGACAGAGUUUGAGAGUGGCAAAGGCGGUAGGAAUGAAGCUUUGA